AUGGACCCAAGAAACAAUGUAACUUACUUUGUCCUCUUGGGCCUCACCCAAGAUCCAAAGGAACAGAAGGUCCUUCUUGUUAUGUUCUUGCUCUUCUAUAUUUUGACUGUGGUGGGCAACGUGCUCAUUGUGGUGACUAUAGCUGUCAGUAAGUCCUUGGGCUCGCCUAUGUACUUGUUUCUUGCUAACUUGUCUUUUAUGGAUGUCACUUAUUCCUCUUGCAUUUGCCCCAGGUUGAUUUCAGAUUUGUUGUUUGCAGAAAAUACCAUAUCCUUCCAAUCUUGUAUGAUUCAGCUAUUUACAGAGCACUUUUUUGGUGGCUCAGAGGUGUUUCUUCUACUAGUGAUGGCCUAUGACCGUUAUGUGGCCAUCUGUAAGCCCUUGCAUUAUUUGGUAAUCAUGAGGCAGUGGGUGUGUGUUGUGCUGCUGGUAGUGUCCUGGUUGGGAGGUUUUCUGCAUUCAGUAAUUCAAGUUAGCACUAUUUAUGGACUCCCAUUCUGUGGUCCCAAUAUCAUUGACCAUUUUUCCUGUGAUAUGUACCCCUUAAUGAAAUUGGUUUGUACUGACACAUAUGUCAUUGGCCUGUUAGUGGUGGCCAAUGGAGGGAUGAUGUGCACUAUUGUGUUUGUGUUCUUGCUCAUUUCUUAUGUUGUCAUCUUGUACUCUCUAAAGAACUUUAGUUCAGAAGGGAGACGGAAAGCCCUCCAGACCUGUGGUUCCCACAUCCUUGUGGUGAUUUUAUUCUUUGUUCCAUGUAUUUUCAUGUAUGUAAGACCUGUUAAAACCUUCCCCAUUGACAAGUCAUUGGGUCAUAACCCCCAUGCUGAACCCACUGAUCUACACUCUGAGAAAUUCUGA